AUGGAUGUCCAAGGAGAUUCCAGCCAGAGACAUUCCAGCCAGAGACACUCCAGCCAGAGCCAUUCCAACUCGGAUUCUAGCUCAAGGCUCUUCGCUAACCGCCGAGACUCUUCAAGGGAUGCAGAGUUUCUGACAAAAGACGAGGAGCAUGCCAUCGAGUCUUGGGUAUUCAAUGCUCCAGAUCUGCCUCCCUGUUUUCAAGAUAUCAAGGAACAUUUCAAGGACAUAUUUAAUAACCACAAAAACCCAGAUGCGAGUCCUGUGAAAAGCUUUAUAAAUGUCAUCCUCAAUAUCAGAUUGCCGAACGGACCUGUAGACCCCGGAAGCCCAUUCAAACUUCCAGGCUACGGCCUUCCUUUGACUCGCCACACGAGCGUUUUUGGCCCGCAUGCGCCAUACUUGCAUGGCGUCUACGGCGGCUGGCACGCACCAACGCUCACAAACCGCGAGGUUUGCAUGCUCAAGUUCGUCGAGGACAUAACCAACGAGACAGAGUGGUGGCUAAAGGUCCGCGAACCUGAAACUGUCCUCCAGUGGAAGAGGCAAGUGCUUGAAUUACCUUGGGCCGAGUACCGGCCACACGCCGACUUUACAGGGACAAUGGCAGAUGCUUGUCUCAUAGAACUGGCCAAGAAGGCAAAGCUCUUUGAGGAGACGGGUAUGGUUCCUGUCAUGGACUACGCCGCCUAUGUGAUAAAGUCAGACACUCUCAUCACCCAAACCCUGCAGGACGAACUCAAGGCUGCCGUUGAACCAUUGGAGAACUUGCAAAGGUCCCAGAACGACUGGCAGCCAGAUACCGAUGGAAAGGUUCUCAACGUGGUGGAUCCAUCGAUCUGGUCGUUGGUAUAUGGGACGUCCAAAAUCUUGCCCGACCAACAUGUACCGCUUGACGGCUGCAUCGACUACUGUGGCAUGGGAGAGGUCAUUCCUCAGCCGCCUAAACCAAUGUUGGGCCGCCGUACAGCGAUGCUGUUCCCGUUGAGGAUGAAAGCUUUUGGGACACGUUCUCAAUGGCUUCCUUGCAAUAUCGACAUGACAGGCGAGAAGCCUCGCAUUGACAGCUACAUCAACAAUCUGCAUCCUGUACGAGAUGCACCACUCUAUUCAAUCAUAGAGAGGCUUAUCGAAAAGUCCCUUCCGGCAUGGGAUAUCGUCUUCCGCUCGACUGACGAAGCCUUCGAGGUUUCCCGGUUUCAGCGCAUUAAGGCCAUCAAAUAUCGUUGCAGUGUACCAGAAGUGUGCAGGUAUACGUGCGAGCCGAACAACAGACCAGGUGGACCACAGGACGACGAUUCUGACUACACAGAGGAAAGCCGGAGGCUGGAUCAAGAAUGGUGGGAGGCAACACACGAACUUUUGCUUCCAGAACCCAGCCUUGAUGAGGACCAUUUGGUCAAACUACAGGCCAGCCAUGUCCGCGACAAGGGCUUCUUCAAGAGAGACGUCCAGACGCCCAAGAAACCAACUUACGAAGGGAGCCCAUGGCAGAUUGAAGGCCAAGCCAUCGAGAGGAUUUGUGCCGCAGCUUUGUUCUGCUACGAUUGCGAUAACAUUGCAGAUACUCCUAUUAGCUUUCGCACCCAGGGAGAUAGGGAGAACCUGGGUGACAGGCUGCACUACAUCUAUGGCGACUGGCUUAGCAUCGAAAGGGUCUUCGCCAUGAAAAUCCGUGGGACUAGGUUGCAGGAAAUUGGCAGCGUACUAAGUAGAGAGAGACGAGCCAUUUUGUAUCCCAACGUCUACCAAAACCGUCUAGGCCCCUUUAGGCUGGCUGACAAGACUCGUCCAGGCCACUGGAAGAUGCUGGCUUUGUUUCUUGUCGACCCGAUGAACCCCAUCAUUUCAAUAGCCAACAUCCCUCCACAACAGCGAGACUGGUGGUCGGAAAAGUUCGCAGAUUUGCCGUUGGUCAGAAAUCUGCCACCUGAACUUUGGCAUCAGAUCAAUGGGAAUAUCGACUUUCCAAUCGACAAAGAGGCUGCCAAAAAGAUACGCGAGGAGGUGACAUCUGAAAGGUCGGCGAUCAACAAGGAGAUAAACGAGAAAUGGAGGACCUUAGAUUGGGACUUUCCCCAGCUUUGA